CUAUCGAAGUAUUACAAAUUACAAUUAGCAAUAUUAUGAUUUGCAUUGUAGACAUGCAAUACUUAUUCUCAACCUAUCUACAUAGAGGACUAGUAGCUCUGGAGACAGAUGAACGGCAAGCAAACAAGAGAAGGUCUUCGUUUGGAAAACUCAAAUGCGGUAGGCAAGAAGAACCGGGCAAGAAGAACCGGUUCUAUUUGCCGGGCUCCUUUUGCCCGCUAUUUCGUUGA